AAAGGUAAAACUAAUGAAAGGAAAAAUUUGGCUUACUACAAUAAUUUGGGAGUACUACAAUACUUACUAGCUUCUAGUACACUUUUAUUCCAUAGUUUUUUAAGUUCCGUUUUGUUUUUAUUUUUUCUCUUACCCUGAUUAUAAAAAUCUCAACAUAAAAACGUACCAAGCAAGUCUAACAGUCCCUCUCCAGUCCAGAAGGUGGCAGUAAUAGAUUUUUUAGCUGUUUACCAAUCUCUACGGGGGAAACCAAGACAGAAUAAUAAGGAGCUGAGCCACUGGCAGUGCACACGUUUAUCAUUGAGGAGGAGGCGGCGUAGUAGAAGAGGCGGUAACAGUAGAGGACGAUGGUUGAUACUGGGAUCAGUUGUUGAGCUUCAUACUGCUGUUGCUUGAGGAUGCCUGUAGAUGCCUGUCUUGGCACUUUUGGCAUUGAUCAUAUGGGUUUUGUUGGUGCUGUGGAGGAUCACAACUAAGACAGCAGCAAUGCCUGUGAAAGGAGAGGAUACUCCAUCUGGCUGUGGUUCGUCUGCAGCUAAGGACAACAAAUCUGCCUCACAUGCAGAAGUCUGUCCCUUGUCCUCAGUUGCAAACCUGCCCGUUACCUCAGCACACGACAGUCCUCUGACCGACAGUGUCUCUACAGGAUUUGCCAUCAAAACUUUGAGCUCUGGGUCUCCACCGUCCUCCUCUAUCGUAGACUCAAAGCUGCCUAUACUGCCACCAGCCAACAGAAAGCCUAGCAAAACAAGUGUGCCAAAGCUCAGCUCAAGACCGGAGGAAAGAGAACGACUCAAGUUCAUUCUUGGGGCAUCAGAGGACAACUCUUCAGAUGAGGAGCCUUUGGUCAGCAAACCUCCAAGUGGUGCGUCCCAGACAUCGACUUCCACCCGAAGAUCUUCCCCUGAGUUAUCCCCUUUAGAAACACAGCCAAGCUUCUCAGGCAUCAAACCUAGUAUGUCUGGUCCUCAUCUGGUGAAAAAGGGACGUGAACACAGAAAGAUGGAUCUACAGAGAGACUUCACUGUGGCCUCGCCGGCUGAGUUUGUCACUCGAGUUGGUGGAAAUCGUGUCAUAGAAAGAGUGCUUAUAGCAAACAAUGGCAUCGCUGCAGUCAAAUGCAUGCGUUCCAUCCGUCGCUGGUCCUAUGAGAUGUUUCGUAACGAGAGGACUAUUCGCUUUGUGGUCAUGGUGACCCCGGAAGACUUGGACGCUAAUGCAGAAUACAUCAAAAUGGCUGACCAUUACGUGCCUGUCCCAGGUGGGCCGAACAACAACAACUAUGCCAAUGUUGAGCUUAUACUGGACAUUGCAAAAAGAUUUCGAGUGCAGGCUGUUUGGGCUGGUUGGGGCCAUGCCUCAGAAAACCCUAAACUGCCUGAUCUGCUGGACAAAGCAGGGAUUUCAUUCUUAGGACCGUCCAGUAAGGCCAUGUGGGCUCUUGGUGAUAAAGUGGCAUCCUCCAUUGUGGCCCAGAGUGCUGACAUUCCCACACUCCCCUGGAGUGGAUCAGGUCUGAGGGUGGACUGGACAGAGGAGGACCAAAGACACGGCAGAGUCAUUAGUGUUCCCCCUGAGAUCUACACUCGAGGCUGUGUUCAUGAUGUGGACGAUGGUCUGGCGGGAGCUGAGAGAAUUGGUUAUCCAGUUGUUAUCAAAGCCUCAGAGGGCGGUGGUGGGAAGGGGAUUCGGAAAGUGGAAAGUUCGGAGGAUUUCCCAGGUUUCUUCAGACAGGUUCAGGCGGAGGUACCAGGCUCCCCCAUCUUUAUCAUGAGGCUGGCUCAGCAUGCAAGACAUCUUGAGGUCCAGAUACUGGCUGACGGAUAUGGAAACGUCAUCUCUGUUUUUGGACGAGACUGUUCCAUACAGAGAAGGCACCAGAAGAUCAUAGAGGAAGCUCCGGCCACCAUAGCUGCUGUCUCAACAUUUGAGCAAAUGGAGCGGUUUGCUGUGCGGCUUGCCAAGAUGGUGGGUUAUGUUAGCGCAGGUACUGUGGAGUAUCUGUUCUCUGAAGAUGGAAGUUUCCAUUUCUUGGAGCUGAAUCCUCGUCUGCAGGUUGAACACCCGUGUACGGAGAUGAUCGCUGAUGUGAACCUGCCUGCUGCCCAGCUUCAGAUUGCAAUGGGAGUCCCACUGAACAGAAUUAAAGACAUUCGCUUACUUUAUGGUGAAAGUCCAUGGGGUGACAGCAUCAUUAGUUUUGAGACUCCGGAGUGCAUGCCAAGUCCAAGAGGGCACGUCAUCGCUGUUCGCAUUACCAGUGAGAACCCUGAUGAGGGUUUCAAGCCCAGUUCUGGCACAGUGCAGGAGCUGAACUUCCGCAGCAGUAAAAAUGUCUGGGGUUAUUUUAGCGUUGGUGCCACCGGAGGUUUGCAUGAGUUUGCUGACUCACAGUUUGGACAUUGUUUCUCCUGGGGAGAGAAUCGUGAGGAAGCCAUUUCGAACAUGGUGGUAGCUAUGAAGGAGCUGUCCAUCAGAGGAGACUUCAGGACAACGGUUGAAUACCUCAUUAAGCUACUGGAGACAGAAAGCUUCAGAAACAAUGACAUAGACACUGGCUGGCUGGAUCAUCUAAUUGCAGAGAAAGUUCAGGCAGAGAGGCCAGACACCAUGCUGGGCAUUGUUUGUGGGGCUCUGCAUGUUGCUGACGCCAGCUUUAGAAAAAGCAUGUCUGACUUCCUCCAUUCCCUGGAAAGAGGCCAAGUCCUGCCUGCUGCCAGUCUUUUCAACACUGUCAGUGUGGAACUUAUUUAUGAAGAGGACAAGUUUUGCCUCAAGGUGGCUCGCCAAUCUCCAACUACCUAUGUCAUCAUGAUGAAUGGCUCCUGCAUAGAAAUAGACGUACACAGGCUGAGUGACGGAGGCCUCCUGCUGUCCUAUGAUGGCAGCAGUUACACUACUUACAUGAAAGAAGAAGUAGACAGCUACCGUAUAACUGUUGGCAACAAGACCUGUGUAUUUGAGAAAGAGAAGGAUCCCACAGUGCUGAGGUCGCCCUCUGCUGGCAAGCUUCUGCAGUACAUGGUUGAUGACGGGGUUCAUGUCGACGCAGGAGAAACUUAUGCUGAGAUUGAGGUGAUGAAGAUGGUGAUGACUCUGACUGUGCAGCAGUCUGGCUGUAUCCACUUUGUAAAGAGGCCUGGAGCAGUGCUGGGGUCUGGCUGUGAGGUGGCACGUAUGGAUCUGGAUGACCCCAGCAGCAUACACAGGGUGAAGCUGAACACAGCUCCGCUGCCUCCUCAGCAUCCACUGCCCAUAGUUGGAGAAAAGCUUCACCAGGUGUUCCACUGUGUACUGGAAAAUUUGUUUAAAGUCAUGGACGGGUACUGCCUUGAAGAGCCGUACUUCAGUACUAAGUUGAAACAGUGGGUAGCAACCCUGAUGAAGACUCUUCGAGACCCCUCUCUGCCGCUGCUGGAGCUCCAGGAGAUCAUGACUAGUGUGGUGGCUCGUAUUCCACCCACUGUGGAGGAAAGUAUCCGCAAAGUCAUCGCUCAGUAUGCAAGCAACAUCACCUCUGUCCUCUGCCAGUUCCCCAGUCAACAGAUUGCAAAUAUUCUAGACCGCCAUGCAGCAACACUGCAGAGGAAGGCUGACCGCGAGGUUUUCUUCAUGUACACACAGAGUAUUGUGCAGCUCGUACAGAGGUAUCGCAGUGGAACCCGUGGUUACAUGAAGUCUGUGGUUCUUGAUCUGCUGCGACGAUAUCUUCAAGUAGAAAUACAGUUUCAGCAAGCUCAUUACGACAAGUGCGUCAUUAACCUGAGGGAGCAGUACAAACCUGACAUGAGUCCAGUGCUGGACUAUAUUUUCUCUCAUGCUCAGGUCUCCAAGAAAAAUAUCCUGGUCAUCAUGCUCAUAGACCAGCUUUGUGGCAGGGAUUCCACUUUGGCAGAUGAGCUGACUGCCAUUCUGAAUGAGCUCACAAAGCUCAGCAAGGUGGAGAACUCCAAGGUGGCUCUGAGAGCCAGACAGGUCCUUAUUGCCUCUCAUCUGCCUUCAUAUGAAAAAAGACACAACCAGGUCGAGUCCCUCUUUCUGUCAGCCAUUGACAUGUACGGCCAUCAGUUUUGUCCAGAGAACUUGAAGAAACUCAUUCUGUCCGAAACCUCCAUUUUUGACGUUUUGCCAAACUUCUUCUAUCACUCCAAUCAGGUUGUGUGUAUGGCCGCUUUGGAGGUGUACGUGCGCAGAGCUUACAUUGCCUAUGAGCUGAACAGCAUCCAGCACCACCAGCUGCAGGACGGAACAUGUGCUGUGGACUUUCAGUUCAUGUUGCCCUCCUCACAUCCAAACAGAGGGAGCAGCCCUACUCUGAACAGGGUUCCUGUGCCGAUGCAUGGAUCAGGACAGUUUAACAUGAGGCGACAGGGCAGUGAGCUUUUCCUGGAGGGCGCCUUACCCCCGCCCUGCCAACGUAUGGGGGCCAUGGUGGCCUUUCAGUGUUUUGAUGACUUUAUAAGAAAUUUUGAUGAAGUAAUUUCCAGCUUUGCAGAACCUCUCUUGGAGAGUUCUUUCUCAGAAUCCUGCUCCAUUCUGUAUGAGGAGGAGAGUUUCAAGAACACCAGGGAGAAUCCAAUCCACAUCAUUAAUGUGUCCAUAAAAACAGCAGACAUGGAGGAUGACAAUGCCUUAGUCACGGUGUUGACUGCUUUCAUUCAAUCUAAGAAAGAAAUCCUUUUUGAGUACGGAAUCAGGAGAAUCACAUUUUUGAUCGCACAAAAGAGAGAAUUUCCCAAGUUCUUUACCUUCAGAGCAAGAGACAUGUUUAAGGAGGACCGUAUUUACCGUAAUCUGGAGCCAGCUCUGGCUUUUCAGCUGGAGCUGAACCGGAUGAGGAACUUUGACCUGAGAGCUGUUCCCUGUGCCAACCACAAGAUGCACCUAUAUCUGGGUGCUGCUCGUGUCCAGGCAGGUGCUGAAGUCACAGACCACCGCUUUUUCAUCAGAGCUAUCAUCCGCCACUCAGACCUCAUUACAAAGGAAGCCUCCUUUGAAUACCUUCAAAAUGAAGGAGAACGUCUUCUCCUGGAGGCCAUGGAUGAGUUGGAGGUUGCCUUCAGCAAUACCACUGUCCGCACAGACUGCAAUCACAUCUUCCUUAACUUUGUGCCGACUGUCAUUAUGGACCCCUCGAAAAUAGAGGAGUCUGUCCGCUCCAUGGUGAUGCGUUACGGCAGCCGUCUUUGGAAGCUGCGGGUGCUGCAGGCCGAACUAAAGAUCAACAUCCGCCUGACACCAACAGGAAAUGCCGUUCCCAUUCGUUUGUUCCUCACCAAUGAAUCUGGAUAUUACCUGGACAUCAGCCUAUAUGAGGAAGUCACCGACCAAAGUUCUGGACAGAUUAUGUUCCACUCGUAUGGAGAAAAGCAGGGUCCUCUGAAUGGUAUGCUGAUCAGCACUCCUUAUGUGACCAAAGACCUGCUGCAGGCCAAACGCUUCCAGGCUCAAACAUUGGGGACGACAUACGUCUACGACUUCCCGGAGAUGUUCAGACAAGCAUUGUUUAAACUGUGGGGAUCAGGAGAUAAUUACCCCAAAGAUGUACUGACCUGCACUGAGCUGGUACUGGACCCACAAGGUCGAUUGGUGCAGAUGAACCGCCUGCCUGGAGACAAUGAGGUGGGAAUGGUGGCCUUCAAAAUGAGGAUGAAGACCCCGGAGUGUCCGGAGGGUCGUGACAUCAUCGUAAUCUGCAAUGACAUCACUCACAUGAUCGGCUCCUUUGGUCCUCUGGAGGACGAACUGUUCCUCCGAGCUUCUGAGUUGGCUCGGACCGAGGGCAUCCCUCGAAUUUACAUCGCAGCCAACAGUGGAGCUCGCAUCGGCCUGGCUGAAGAAAUUAAACACAUGUUCCAGGUGGCAUGGAUUGAUCCGGAAGAUCCCAAUAAGGGUUUCAAGUACCUCUACCUGAAACCACAGGAUUACACCUGUAUCAGCUCUACCAACUGUGUUCACUGUCGCCAUGUAGAAGAAGGCGGAGAGUCCAGGUACAUCAUUACUGACAUCAUUGGCAAAAAUGAAGGUCUUGGUGUUGAGAACCUGAGAGGUUCUGGCACCAUCGCUGGAGAAUCUUCUCAGGCAUAUGAGGAGAUUGUUACCAUCAGUAUGGUGUCGUGUCGUGCCAUUGGAAUCGGAGCCUACCUGGUCCGUUUGGGACAACGAGUGAUCCAAGUGGAGAACUCCCACAUCAUCCUGACAGGAGCAGGAGCUCUAAACAAGGUUCUGGGCAGAGAAGUCUACACCUCCAACAAUCAGCUGGGUGGAGUUCAGAUCAUGCACAACAAUGGAGUGACUCACACCACCGUGCCAGACGACUUUGAAGGCGUCUUCACCAUCUUGCAGUGGCUCUCCUACAUGCCUAAGAACAAACACUCCCCUGUUCCCAUCAUGGCAGUCACAGAUCCAGUAGACAGAGAAAUAGAGUUCAUUCCUACUAAAGCCCCCUACGAUCCCCGCUGGAUGUUGGCUGGCAGACCUCACCCCACCGUUAAAGGCACCUGGCAGAGUGGAUUUUUUGACCAUGGAUCCUUCAUGGAGAUCAUGAGCUCUUGGGCUCAAACUGUUGUUGUAGGAAGAGCAAGGUUAGGAGGAAUUCCUCUGGGUGUCAUUGCUGUUGAAACACGUACAGUAGAGUUCACCAACCUGGACUCUGAGUCCAAGGUCUUGCAGCAGGCUGGUCAGGUGUGGUUUCCGGACUCAGCCUUUAAAACUGCCCAGGCGAUUGGUGACUUCAACCGUGAACAUCUGCCUCUCAUGCUGUUUGCAAACUGGAGGGGCUUCUCUGGUGGAAUGAAGGACAUGUAUGACCAGGUAUUAAAGUUUGGAGCCUACAUUGUGGAUGCUUUGCGUGGAUUCCAUCAGCCAGUACUGGUCUACAUUCCACCACAUGCCGAACUGAGGGGAGGGUCAUGGGUGGUGAUUGACCCCACCAUCAACCCACUGUAUAUGGAGCUGUACGCUGACAGAGAGAGCAGAGGAGGAGUGCUGGAGGCUGAGGGGACGGUGGAGAUCAAGUUCAGGAGGAAAGACAUCCUAAAGACCAUGAGAAGACUUGAUUCAACCUAUGCUAGUCUGGCUGAACAACUUGAUUCUCUAGAGUUGUCUGAAAAACAGCGUAAAGAACUGGAGUCAAAGCUAAAAGCAAGGGAAGAAAUCCUGUUGCCCAUAUACCACCAGGUGGCAGUGCAGUUUGUAGACCUUCAUGACACUCCAGGAAGGAUGCAGGAGAAAGGCGCCAUUACUGACAUUUUGGAUUGGAAGAAUGCCCGGUCCUUUUUCUACUGGCGUCUCCGUCGCCUUCUAUUGGAGCAGAUUGUUAAACGUGAGAUUCUGCAGGCCAACAAGGACCUCAGAGAUGGACAUGUGCAAUCCAUGCUGCGACGCUGGUUUGUUGAGACGGAGGGAACAGUAAAGGCCUACCUCUGGGAUAAUAACCAAGCUGUUGUUGAAUGGCUUGAAAAACAUUUAUCCAAGGAGGAAGGCUGUCAGUCAGCAAUCAGAGAGAACAUCAAGUACUUAAAAAGAGAGAACGCUUUGAAACACAUCCGCAGCCUAGUGGAGGCCAACCCUGACGUAGCCAUGGACUGCAUCAUCCACAUGAGUCAGACCAUCACUCCAUGCCAGAGGGCCAAGCUCUUACACCUUAUCACUACUAUGGACAACACCAGCACCAGUUAAUCUCAGGGGUUUACCAAGGUAUAUAUAGUAUUUAAAUAAAGGUAAUAGUUUGCUUUAGUUCGCUAAGUGGAACUGUUCAUGGAUUUAAAGGAUAUAAUUGUGUGGGUUUAUAUUGGGGGCAAUCGAUUAAGAAGCACAAGUUCAUGUGGUGCCUUAUGUUUUUCACACAUCACUACGUAGUAUGAUUGUCUUUUACAUUGCAUGUUUGUACAUAGAGUACAAUUGUAUAUUGGUGUAUUCUAAGAGGCUCUGAAUGGUCUGGUAUUGUCAGGGUUAUUCACCAACUACUUCUUGUGUAGACACUGGACAUUUAUUUAAAGAAAACCAUAGAUGAGAAUGUCCUUUCUGAUGCAAUACUAUAAUGAAUUAAGUCAUUUUUCUGCAGAUACUGAAAUAAGAAUUUAAAAGUAUUAAAAUGCAAAACAAUGCAAAAAAAUUGAGGUUAUUUUUCUAUUACCACUGUUUCUUAAUGUGCAGAUGUUUUUUGCGAUUUCACUGAUGUCAAUUCCUUGUCCUAAUGUGCUAAAAAGACAUGUAUAUGAACAGAGGCUGUUAAUAUGACAUUGCAUGUGAUUCUUCGGAAUUUCAUACAUAUUCGUCACUGUAUUUAAAGCAAUUCUAAUGACUAAGGUUUUGUCAAAGGUGAGUAUUUCAAGGCAAAAUGGUUCUCCUUUUGAUGUCUUUACCUGCCUUAUUUUUGCCAGCGUAACACAAAUACCAGACAAGACAUUUGAUUUGAAUGAAUGUAAAAAUGUUUGCCUAUUGUCAAGGGUUGAUAAUAAAAGAAAUCCACAGAUUUUCCAGCAAAAAA